CAUUGAAAUCUAUCUGCGCCUCUAUCUUCCAUAUGUGCAACUGUUUAAAGAGAACUGAUGCAACAGAACCCACAGCUACCCUUCGCAGCUCCCGAAACUCACGACUUUCCAAAUGCUCUUCCUCCAUGUCCCAGUCACAGGAUUCUCGAACUUCUCCCAUUUCCCCUUCAAUUUCUAGCGCCGAGCACUCCAUUAGUAGGAGCAGGAGCAGCACUUCAAGCGCUGUCUGUACCAGCGGUUCUAUCAAUAAGGGCUCAUCCAGAGCUUCGAUUUCCAGCAAAACAUCCCUUUCCAGCAUCCGUGAAUCCUUGCCCGAUAACCCCAACAUCUAUGAUUUCUCCGAAAUCUGCGCUGCCACCAACAACCUCUUGGCCAAACGCUUCUCCUCUUCGUCGGCUGUCUGGCGUUGCUCUCUCCACGGCAAGGACGCCAUCGUCAUCCAGCGUAGGUUGCGACGCUCCAUGGAAGCCUCCAUGCUCCGCGAACGGCUCUCCUUGAUCUGCAGGAGCCACCACUCUAGCUUGAUCAAAUUGCUUGGUGCGUCCAUCUCCGGCGAUCAUAUCUACCUUGUCUACGAGUAUGUAAACGGGGUCAGCCUCGCCGAUUGCUUACGGAACCCUAAAAACCCAAACUUCACGGUCCUCUCCAACUGGAUGUCGCGAAUGAAGGUGGCCAUAGAUAUCGCCCAGGGGCUCGAUUACAUCCACAACUCAUUUGGGUUUAACCAAAAUUUCGUCCACAACCACAUCAGGAGUACCGGCUUGAUCGUUACGGAUCAACCCUCGUUCCAUGCGAGGAUCUGUCACUUCGGCACGGCAGAACUCUGCGGAGAGAUCCCUGAGUAUACAGAGAUGUCGAAAGCCUCGGCUUCUCUUUUUUCGAGAUUGCAGAUAGCAGACAACCGGAGCAUGAGAUUCGAAGGGACGAGAGGUUACAUGUCGCCGGAAUUUCAGGCGACCGGUAUCGGAACUCAGAAAUCCGACGUGUUUGCUUUUGGGGUUGUGCUCUUGGAAUUGUUGUCGGGAGAGGAGCCCUUUAGGUAUAGAUUGGAUGAGGAAAAGAAGGAUUACCGGAGAGUCUCGCUGAUCGAGAUGGCCAGGGAAGCGAUGGAGGAGGAAAAGGAUGUUACGGGUAAGGGUGAGGAAGAAGGUGAAGGUGGACGGACCGGGUGGUUGAGGAGAUGGGUGGACCGGAGGUUGAAAGAUUCUUUUCCGGUCGAGGUGGUCGAGAAGAUGACACGUGUAGCGCUGGAUUGCGUUGACGUGGAUCCAGGUAGGAGGCCUAACAUGCGUGACGUGGCCGGGAAGAUUUCCAAACUCUACUUGAAGUCGGAACGGUGGUCCAACUCCUUGGUUGGUUUACCUACGGGCAUCACCGUUUCUUUAGCCCCUCGAUAAAAGAACCAGAAUAU